GGAGGAAGAAGAGGAGGAGGAGGAGGAAAAGCAGGAGGACCCGGCUUCUGGCUUGUUUUCUGACUUUCCCCAUCCUACCACCCAUGGAGGCUGCCGGGUCCUCGGCUAAAGCGGCCAAGGUCGGGGCAGGAAACGGGGGUAGCGAAGGGAGUCCUCCUCCUCCUCCUCCUCUUCCCUCUCCCCCUCCCCCUCCGGCGACACCGGGGUCUGCAGGAUCUGGGGAUUCGGAGCCCGCCCAUUCCUCGAGCCCCGUGGCGGGCCCGGGCUCCCCGGCCCCUUCGCCCGAGCUUCCAGCUUACAAACUGCAAGACUUCGAUACGCUGGCUACAGUGGGCACAGGUACCUUUGGACGAGUUCACCUAGUGAAGGAAAGAACAGCCAAACAUUAUUUUGCCUUGAAGGUGAUGAGCAUUCCGGAUGUCAUUCGGCUAAAGCAAGAGCAGCAUGUGCACAAUGAAAAGUCAGUUCUGAAAGAAGUCAACCAUCCAUUUCUCAUCAGACUAUAUUGGACCUACCAUGAUGAAAGAUUUUUAUAUAUGUUGAUGGAAUAUGUUCCUGGAGGAGAACUUUUCAGCUACUUGAGAAACAUGGGACGGUUUAAUAACAGCACAGGACUAUUUUACUCUGCGGAGAUUAUCUGUGCAAUAGAAUAUCUGCACUCCAAAGAAAUAGUUUACAGAGAUUUAAAACCUGAAAAUAUAUUAUUAGAUAAAGAAGGCCAUAUCAAGCUCACUGAUUUUGGAUUUGCUAAAAAGCUAGUAGACAGAACAUGGACACUCUGUGGGACACCAGAAUACCUUGCUCCAGAAGUCAUACAAAGUAAAGGUCACGGAAGAGCAGUAGACUGGUGGGCUCUGGGGAUUCUGAUAUUUGAGAUGCUGUCUGGAUUUCCUCCAUUUUUUGAUGACAACCCAUUUGGCAUCUAUCAAAAAAUUCUUGCAGGCAAAAUAGAUUUCCCCAGGCAUUUGGAUCUCUAUGUAAAAGACCUUAUUAAGAAACUUCUUGUGGUAGAUAGGACAAGACGACUAGGAAACAUGAAGAAUGGAGCAGAUGAUGUGAAAAGGCACCGGUGGUUCAGAUCUGUGGACUGGGAUGCGGUACCCCAGAGAAAACUGAAGCCUCCUAUAGUGCCGAAGGUUUCCAACGAUGGUGAUACAUCUAAUUUUGAAGCUUAUCCUGAAGAUGACUGGAAUAAGACACCACCUGUGCCUCCUAAAGACUUAGAAAUCUUUAAGAAUUUCUGAGUACAGGGAAUCACAUAUGGAAAGAAACUGGAAGAAGAUGUGGAGUGGUCUGAGCACAUUUGAAAAAACGAACUGGGCAUCUGCCAACAUGAAGAAAUUCUUUCACAUGGAUGAGAAAGUUUCCACACUCAUAUAUGCAUAUAUUUAUAUAAAAUGAAAUUGGAGGACUGGUGAAGUUUAAUUUUAACUGUGUAAAUCUGGCAUUAGUUGAACUGUUAAUACAGAAAGUGAUUAAAUUGAUUGGUUUAGAUUCCUUAGGUUAGUGUUACUUUUCUGCUGUGGCAGACUUUUUUUUUUUUUUUUUUUUUUUUUUUUUGGUCUUUUGCUUUAUCUCAUAGACUUAACUUUAUAGUUUAUACUAAACUUGUGACAUUGUAAGCACAAAUUAGUAUGUAUGUAUAUAAAGAAAACAAAAUCAACCUAAGCACAGGGAUUGUGCAAAGAUGUAAAUGUUUGUACUUUGCAGAGUCUAUGAUUUUUAUUUUUCAGAUUUUUUUUUUCAAAAUUCUCUUCUUUGGGGAGAUAAAACUCUUAAAGGGCAAAUAUGUUUUUCUUCAUCUUAAACAUUUUAUAAUUCUUUGUAUAAAAAAGAAAGAAAUUAUGUAAAGACUGUCAUUAAAAUGUCCAGUGCUUCAUGUCUGCAACUAUAGUACUUGAAAGUCUGAGAAAAGGGGACGAGGUACAAGUCUCAUCUUUAGUUCAUGAAAGCCCCAUUGAUUCAUGAGUGUUCAAAAAACAAAGUGUCUUGGAAAUAUUUCACUUACUUUUAUGCUCUAUGGUAUCCUGCUGUGUACUGGGACUUCUACUUAUUUAAAGUUGAAAUACAAAUCUGGCAAAUAAUACAGUGCCCGAGACCAUGAGCUCUAUUGUUUUUAGCCACAGGUAAAGUUUUUCCUCUUUAAUUUAGGAAGGAGAAAAGAACUUCACAAGUGACAAGAUGUAAAGAUCCAUUGUACCAUAUAAAAAAUUACCCAGAGAUCUAACUUCCAUUUAAUUCUGCAAAUGCAGCUUCUAUGCUUCUUGAAGAUCACCUAGGGUUUUUUGGUAUUAUUAGGUAGUGAAAUUGAGCUCCUAGAUAGACAUCACAACAAUGUACAUAAAUAAGAAGUUUUCCUUUUCUGAAUGUGUAUUUUAUGGUAGCCAGAUGUUAAGGUGAUACUUAGGGUUAAACUGCAAAAUAUGGACCAAAACAGGUGUUCAUCUCAGCAGUAAGGAGCUUACAGAAUUUCUGGGAAGUAGCAUGUAGAUCUCUGCUCACAGUUCACUUCAUUUUAAAACAUUCCAAAUUCCUCCUACACUCUUCUUCCAUUUCUUACUGUUCUAAAAUUUCCUGGAAAUCUCCAAAAUCUGUUUUACCCAGCAAAAAAUAAUAAGUCUAGUUUGCAAAAUCCUGUUAUUAAUCUGUCAGCAGUUGUGUAUUCCAAUUAUGUCCUAUCCCUAUUUGAGAAAUAAACCCAGCAAGCUUUUUCAUUAAGAAUAUUUCAGUACUAGGACUGUUUCAUACACAUUAUGUAUAAUAAAUACAUAAACACAUAUACAUAUAUCUAUAUAUAAUAUCAAUAUGUGGUGUAGGUAUGUAUGUGUGUACAUCCACGCAAACAUCCACACACAAUGUUUUAAAAGGUAAGAGCAUGCAUUAAUUGGACUCAAGUAGCAAAAAAAGAGUGGUUACUCAUGUGAAUAAUUUCUAUAUAAUGGAACUAGAUCAAAGAAGCGAGCAGAAUAUUGAGUAUUGCAUUUUCUCCCCUUUCACCCCUCUCCCCUCCAAGUCACCAAAUGUUUAUUUUCUACACACUAAAGAAAUUUAGCAAAUAAGACUCAUGUAAGUGAAAAAUGAGAGUGUGCCUCUCAAUAUGCUAUCCCCUAAAGUGCCUAACUCACUGUGCAUUUAAAACAUUAUUUAAUAAAUCCAUUAGAUUUGUAUGUUAUACAGAAAAAAAAAAUUUUUUUUUAAUCCACAGGCACCAUUUUAUAAGACAGUGCAGUGGAAGAGAUGUACUUUUUGUGGGUCUUCCUAGUAGUCUCAGAUAUAUUCUGGUCCAGGGAUUUUGAUGGUUUCUUAUUGUGAUACUCAUUUGACACAGAGAUUGGUUUCUGAGUAGCAAAAUUUCAGGAAAAAACCAAACUAAAACAAAACAUCAUGUUUCAGCUCAAUAGCUGAGAUAAGGUUUUUAGUGUACUUGGAAAUGAACUAACUUCAGACAGUUUUCUAAAUGCCUUGAGAGAAAUAUGAAAUGCUAUGAAAAAACAAAUAAUUGUCUCAUCCUAAGUCAUCAAACUUAGGAAUUCCAAACAAACAUUACCAAAAAUUCAAGAUCUGUGGUCAGCAAAAUUCUAUAUAAAACAAAUAGCCCGUUGAGAAAAAUUGUUAAUGUAAAUUUCACCCAUAGAACUGUGUAGAAUUUAGUCUUUACUUCCCCUAAUGUUAGGUAUUAAAAUCAAGGCCAAAGGUUGCUAGAGAUUCAACAAUCAGUUUCUGAGGCAAAAUGUGAUCUAACCUUAAAAAACAAAAUCAAUAAAAUGACUGCCAUAGUUUACUAAGAUAAAAACUUUGAGCUACCAGAAGUGAUAACCUAAGUCUAGUGCCACUUGACUCUUAAAUCACAUUAAUUAUUUAGGAACUUUUUCUUUUAAAACCUUAUACAGAACAAUUUGUUUUGAGAACAACUUUAAACUGUACAUACGUUCAUUGUGCUAGUGUGUGUACUUCUUUGGUUUACUACUUUGUUAUCUUUCAAAAUUUAAUGUUGAUAUUGAAAUAGUAUAGAAAGCAUGAAAUAUAUUUGCCUUAUUUCUGAAUAAAUAUGCAGGAAAAACAGAUGUGUUAACAUUGGUUACAUUGUUAUUUUGCAGAAAUGUAAUCAGCCUUUAGUAGGAAAAAAGUGAAACAUUAAAAAGAUUCAAAGAUAUUUAAUGGUAUUAAUAAGUACAGAGUGAACAAUCGAGCACAUUUCAAGAUUUUAUUUAAGUGCCACAUGUUAACUGUUCAUUAAUAGGCCAUAAAUUAUCACUUCAUAUAGUGUGAUAUUACAUAAAGGUUGGUUAUGACUUAAAUAAUAAACCUGGAACAAUCAUUAAAAGUAGCUAAGGAAAUAGUUGAAUAUGUGUGUAUCAUUGGAUGUUUGUAUUUAUAUGGUCAGUUAUAAUUGCAAAAUUUAAAAAAAUUGUGGGGUACAUAUUACAGAAUUUAUACCCCAUGUAAAGUACCAUUUUGAUUUUUGACUUACUGAUAUUCAUGAGUUUGCAGUAUUUUCUGGAUUCUGAGUACUACAAAAUUUAUUAAUAAAAUGCACAAAUUGCUACAUUGAGUGUAUUGAGGAUUUCAUCUUCAUGUGAUAAAAUUGUCAUUUCUGUCUUCAUUUGUAUAAAUUAAACCAAGGAAGAAAUUACAUUAACUUUAUAUUAUACAUGCAGUGAUAGAGUUUCCAUCCUUUCACACUAGAAAUUGGAUUUGUUUUAGACGUUAAGUAUGUCCAUUGCUGGCAAUGGAUGUUUUCUGACUUGUGGUACUAACAGAAGGAAAAGAAGUAAUAGGAUGUUUGCAAACAUACGUACUUCUGUGAUGUGUAUUAUGUAUAUACAUACACAUAGACAUACACAUAUGUAUACACACAUAUCCAUCUACUCUAGACCUAUGCAUAUGGAACAGAAAAAAAAAUCGGUUUGUGUUUAUAUGAUUUCCAAUGCAAUUCUUUAUAUUUCUUUCCUUGAAAUUAAACAUAUUUUUAAUAAAUCAUUUUUAAAUCCUACUCAAAAAAUGAAGUAAUCCUAAGUGUGAGAGGUUUGGAAGGAUACAUUGUUAUUUAAAUAUAUGACCUAGGUGGUGAGUCUUAAGGUUCUAUACCUUUCUCAUGGUGUUAACUGGAGAGCAAGGGGCUAGACUCCCCUAGUACUAAGCACUGAUGCAAGAAACAUAAUGUGACUACACAAUGAAGCAAAAAAAAUUAGUAGGAUUUAGUGAUUUAUUGUGUUGUAGACUGACAAGCUAAUUGAGAUUUUAUAUUUUCCACCAUUGUUUUGCAGUCACAAAAAAAUUAGCCUCCAUGCCUCUUUAUCUUCAUUUAUGUUUGGAAUAUAUGGUCCCAAUAUCUAUAUUCUCUACCAUGUACCUCAUACAUGUUGAACAGUUUCUAUGUAUUACUCUUCUUCCCCAACAACAGUGCAAAAUCUUACUAUUACUUUAUUUUAAGUGAACAAAGUGAAUCUAUUAAAAAAGGAAUUUUAAAGGAGAUUCAAAAUGUCAUUUUUAGAGUAUUUAUUUGUUCAAGAGUUUAUUACACAUUUGACUUAAUAGGUUGCCAGGGUUCAUGCUUGGCACCAAGAAUACAAAAGGCAAGACCAAAACAGACCUUGUCCUACAGGACUAUACCUAUUAUUGGGGGUUAGCCAUUUCUGUUUAUUUUUAAUGCAGCAUAUAAGGUUCUAGAAUAAAAUUUACAUUGUGAAUGAAAUAGAAACCAAUGGAAAAUUUCUUAAAGGAGAAGAGAUUUCUGUAACUCACCACAACUUUAGCAAGUGACUUUUAAACUAACAUUAACUGACUUGAUCUUCCACUGUCAAAGCAUCAUUAAUUGAAUGAAAACUCAAUUAGGUACUAAACUCAUGGUAAAUGGACAAGCCAGAAUUUGAAGGUUUAAAGGUAGUUGAGAGAUAUGACCACUGUUCAGUUCAUUGCUUUGAGAUCCUGAAGAAUUAUAAUGUAUAAUUAAUUAUAAUUAUAAUAUCCUUAUGCUAAAGGAUCAUUUUUUCAUCUUUAACAACAAAAACCAUAGUAUGAUUCUUUUUUUGGUUCUAUUUGAUAUCCAGAAAUGCCAUAUAGACUUUUCUAUGGCAAACCUGACUACUUUAUAAACAGUAGGAAAUAACUUGCCAUAGGUUUGUGUACUUAAUAACUAAUUUGAAAUGAGAAAAUAGGCAAGAUUAUUUUAGAAUCAUUAAUAUGUUGGUUGCUAGUCCUCAAUCAUGUAAAAGUACUGUCCCAAAGUCAUGUCAAUUCAUUGCACAAUAAAAUCACUGUGAUUUGUAUAUAAACCCUAGUGAAAUGUUACUGCUGUUUAAUUUAUAUAAUGCCUGUUGAUUUCUGGAUUUGUUUAAUAAACAUUUGUAUCUUUAAAAAUGUCUAAA